AUGACUCCCAAAUCAGUUUCCUUCAAAUCUGUUUGGGAUAAAAUCGUUUGUAAAAACGACACCAACAUCGACUCUUUAGACGUAUCAUUAAAUCAUGUUCCUAUAGUCAACACUUCACCAGUAAUUCAGGAAUCUAGUCCUACCCUUUUGACACAGAAAAGAUUGUUAAUCGAUAGGCCUUUAAAAUUCUCAUCAGACUUUACAGUUUCAGAGUUUGAUUCUGAGAUCAAAGAAUUUUGUGCAGAUAACAUAGAUGAAUUGAUCACGCCGGGGGCUCUAGAUAGAUGUAAUAAAGAUUCCAACGACUCAGGAGUAUCCACAGUAGUUUUUAGCGAUAAAAUAAAAAUUAAUCAAGGAGAUUUGAGGAUCUCUGAAUUUAGCCCAAAUCCACUGAGAAACACAGAGCGCUCAGACUCGAUAAAUACAACUAUAGUGGAAUCUAAUUAUGGAUAUAAUUCUGUGUUUUCGGAUUUAAACUCUGACCACAACUAUCACACACCUGUGCAGAAGUAUGUAAAUAAAAAUCAGAGUACAUUUAGUUUCAAUUCCAACAGAUCUUUAAAUGACAAGAUAUUCGACGGGAUUAAGUCAGACGACUCAUUCUUCUACAAACUAAUUGACAAAUCUGAACCCUUUUCAUCAUUCAAAAGUCCUUUCUCCCUGGAAAACCCUGAAAUUUCUGUUAAUUUCAGCCAAAAUGAGCAGAAUGGAGCCCCAAUGCAGUUGGAUUCAGACGUUUCAAAGGAGUUUGAGUUUAAAGAUUUAGAUGAAAGUGAAGACGAUAACGUUGUAAAGAUUUUGGUGUUUACAGACACACAUUUGGGCUAUAAAGAAGAUGAUCCGUUCAGAGGAAACGACUCGCUGAACACGUUCGAAGAGCUCCUCUUCAUCGCAAAACACUUGGAAGUUGAUUUCAUACUCCACUCGGGAGAUUUAUUCGACAAAAACAUGCCAUCCAGAACCACAAUGUAUUUAUUAAUUAUCAAUAGUCUAAUGAAUGGAAUUAGGUAUCGCACGAUGGAUUUGUUAUCGACAUAUUUGUUAAGUAGCAUGAGUAAGAUAAAGGUUGAUAAGUCUGAAGUUGAGAGUGCAAAGCUGAUUAGCUUUGAUAAGGGUGUAGCAAAUAACCCUUUGGGUGAUUUAGCUUAUUCCAGCGGUGUUUCUAAGGAAUUUUUAACGCCUUUUUUCGUAAUACACGGAAAUCACGAUAAUCCGACAUAUCAACAUUCAUUAUCACCAAUUGACAUUUUAGACGUGGCUGGACUGGUAACGUAUUUUGGAAGGGUUUUUGACCUAGAAAAUGUGGUGAUAAAGCCAAUUAAAAUCUCGAAAGGGGAUGUUAAGAUUGCGCUUUACGGGCUAGGAUGGAUAAAGGAUGAACGUUUAGUAGAAAUGUUUAAUAAGAACAUGGUUAAAUUUGAACAAUGUGAAGAAUUUGACAAAUACUACAAAAUACUAAUGAUACAUCAGAACAGGUACCCGAGAAGAGGAAUCAAUGAUCACGACUACGUAACGACAAACAUGAUCCCGGAAUGGUUUGACCUGGUGAUUUGGGGUCAUGAGCACGAAAGUAUUAAGUUUCCACAGAAAAGCUCUUUUGAGAACUUUCAAAUCCUACAACUGGGCUCUACAAUUCAAACAUGCCUAGUGCCGGCAGAAAUACCCCCAAAACACGCAUGCCUGAUACACAUUACUACUGAAAACGUUAACUUCUAUCCAAUUUCACUCAAAUCGACAAGGAAAUUCAUCUCAGAUGAGCUUCCAAAUCUCAACACAUAUGAAAAACCUCAUAUGAAUGCUGAAGAAUUACAGAAUUAUUUGAAGAAGGAAGUUGAGAAGUUAUUGGAGAAUUCAGAGGCUAAUUUCACAACUGAGUUGAACUCGUUAUCAUUGAGUGAGGAGUUGAGUCUUCAAAACCUAUCAAAGAUACAAUCAAUCAUACACAAGGCCUCAUGUCCAUUGGUCAGGAUCAAGGUUGAUGGAUCAGUUUUCGAGGUGAUUAACCCAAAGUUGUUUGGGAGUUCAUUUAUAGGGAAAGUGGCGAACCCAAAUGACAUUUUAAAAAUGAAGAAAUUAGAGGUCGAGGAGAGCUCAGAAGUAAAGUCGGAACACGUUAGGAAGAAGAUGAAACAGCAAGUUUUGUCCUCAAUUGGGGAUAAUUGUCAAUUGUCACUCUUACUUGAGAGUGAGUUGAACGAAGCUGUUAACAGAUUUGCAAAUGGGAUGGAAUCACAAAUUAUAUUGGAGUAUGUGAGGGGAAGAGUUUCUCUAAUCCAGGAAUAUAUAAAGACUAGGAUGAGAGAAACAGUUUCAGACCAACUCUCAGAGGAUCUGUACUCUGAAUUAAUCGACAAAUUCAUACAUGAUAAAACUGAGGAAGAUAGAGUUUUGGCAGUAUCAAAAGGUGACCAAACAAGUUCAGCAACAAAGAACUACGACACGUACCUAAACUAUAUAAUUGAAGAAGAUAAUAAGGAGUCUCAAGAAAUCAAUGGAAGGUGUGAAGUGUUGGAAAACGAUAAGGAAACAAACGGGAAAAAGAAAACAAAUACUAGAAGUUCAAAAUGUGUAAAGUUAACAUGGUACCUGAACCAAAAUGGAGAUAAAAAAUAA